AUGACACGUCAGGGGCUGGGCAAAGUGCAUCAACUCAGAGACACUUUAGCAUUAUUUGCUGUAUUUUUAAGUUUUAACCAUACCGGGAUAUUGUGCCUGUUGAUUUGGUUUGUAUUAGCAACAACUUAUAAACCAUUAAUGUCAGAAUGUUUACUUAGGUUCAGUCGUGUUAAUGGACAACUUUUGUUAAAAAAUGGAACAAAUCAACAAGGAAAUAUUGAUGGUGAUCUCAUAGAUGAUUUACAGAAAAAACCAAAAAAAUCGUUAAUUUCAAACAGACAUCUUUUAUUAAAACCAAAUUUUGAUUGGCUAAUUUUUUUAUUAGAGUUUCUCACGGCAAUCUUAAUUAGAUCAAAUCAAUUUAUUUUAUUAUAUUUUAUGAUCCCUCUAAAAAGUUUAUCGUUAGCAAUCAUUGCAGCUACUGCAAUUAAUUCAACUUCAAUGGUGCCAUUAUAUGCAACCUUCUGUUCAAUUAUUCAUGCGACUUUAACUCAUAUUACCCCACAACAAUGGAAACUUAUACUCCCGUUAACAAAUAAUAAUAAUAAUAAUAAUAAUAGCAACAAUGGGAUUAUUUUUUGUUUAGCGUAUCAUAUUGUAUUUAGACAAUUUUUAACCACUAUUUGGUUAAAUAAUUCAACGGAGUUUGAUACAGAAAGUAACAAUAUCACAAAUCAAGUGAAUGUAAGCUUUUCAAAUGUGGUUGUAACUAAUGUACAAUCUUUUAGUCAACCUCCACAAAAUACUCAAGAAAAACCCUCGUUGACAACAAGCGCAAAGACGGCGGCGGCUACGAAUCAAUUAUAUCAAAUUCAUACGAAUUUACCAACUUCUUCAGCAAUUACUGAUGACGAGUACAGCUUGAAUAUUGAUUCUGGAGAAUAUGAUGCAGAGACUACAGCUGCUCACAAUUUACAAACGUUUGUUACAUUAUUAUUCAAGAGAAGAAAAGGUAAAUCUGUUGUUGUGGCUCCUUUAUGGGCUCUUUGCAUUACUUUAAAAGCAUUAUUCAUUCAACGAUUCGGUGGAAUAUUUCAAAAAAACUCAUUAAAAUCAAAAAUAUUAAAUUCUAAUGAUAACUCUAUUAAUAAUAAUAACAAUGAAGAAGAAACUUCAAUGUCAACAGAUUUAAUUGCUCAAAACAAAAAUGGAGAUCUAAAUCAAUUAAAUUUAGUUCCAAUUACAAGUGGAUCACAUGCAACACUCGAUACGAUUUUCUUUAAUAACAAUACUAAUAUCAACAGAUCAAUGAUUAAUGAUUAUAAAGUUUGUAUUGUUGAUAUUGCUGCACAUGCAUUAACUUUUUUAAUUGAAAAUUUAAUUGAUGGUGAAUUGAUUGUACUUGUUAAUGGAUUGAUUUGGACUGAAGUUUCAUGUACUUUAGUUAUGGAACGUGUUGGUGACGAAUAUGUUGUAAUUAGUGGUCUUGUUCCUGCAUGUUCUUAUGAUAUUCAAUUUGUUAAUAGAUUAAAUCAAAAAUUCGAUUGUUUAAUUGCUGAUUUAAUGAUUAGAACAAGUCAAUUAAAUAAUAGUACAACAACGACAACAACAACUGUCAAUGCUAAUGAGAAUGAUAUUUCAAGUAAUUUUGAAGCAUUAGAUUACAGCUUCCCAUCUUACUAUCAUAGAAAAUUUUUAUCACCUUUAUUGACUUUAAAACAUUCUGUCUUGACGACAAAUGCAAAUUUAUCAGAUGAAAGAAAUAAAAUUAAAAAGACAAGAAGAGAAAUUAAUAAAAAAAUUAGUUCAUUAAGAACAGAUAUUGAUCAUCUAAAAUUAAAAUUAAAACAAACAACGAUGACAGAUAAUAAACAUUCAAAUAAAAUUGAUACUUUAAAAGCACAAUUACAGCAAAAUGAAAUUAGUUUAGUUAAUUUAGAGGAAACUUUAACUAAAUUGACCAUCGAGGAAAAUUCUUUACAAGAUAUUUAUUUAGCUAAAAAAGAUCAUCAUUUAAAGAAAGAAUUAGAAUUUGAUAAAUUAAAAGAUAAUUUAAAUUCAAAUUUAGAAAAUGAUAAAGAGAAAUUAAAUAAAUUAACAAAUGAUAAAGUUCAAUUCGAGACAAAAUUAGAAAAAUUAAUUAUCAGACAUGAGAAAUUACAAAAAGAAUUAGAUUCAAAUAAUGAAUUUUAUCAAAAUUUUAAAGAUCAAUUUGUUUCAAAGAGAGAAAAAUCAAGAUUAAAACGCAAAGAUUUUAAAAUUAGAGAAAUUAAUGAUUUAGAAUUAUCUCAAAAGGCAUUAGAACAAGAUUUAUCAAGAUUAGAAUAUGAAAAUGAUAAUAUGAAAAAUUUAAUUAAUCAAUAUUAA